AACUCAGCUCACACCAAACCACCUGGGAAAAACCCCCUCUAGUUUCACCCUCUUUUCUUUCAUAAAAUCUUUCUAACAUCACCCCAAAACAGCCAUAAAAGAUGAGCAUUGAAGUUCUCGACAGCAAUACCAUCGUCAACUUUGUUGGCGACGAGGAGGCCUUCACUGUCUCGGUUCACGAGCUCUUCGUGAACCUCGACAGUGAUCACGAUGGCCAGCUCUCGUACUCGGAGAUGCUGAAGGAGCUGCAAAGUUUGAGGGUCUUCGAGACCCAUUUUGGCAUCGACGAGAGUAUGAGCCCCAGGCAGCUAGCUAGUGAGUACGAGUCUCUGUUCACAAAGUUCGAUCAUGACUCGAAUGGGAAGGUGGAUCUCGAGGAGUUCAAGGCCGAGACGAGGCAGAUGAUGCUGGCAAUGGCGAGCGGGAUGGGGUUCUUGCCGGUUCAGAUGGUGCUUGAAGAGGACAGCCUAUUGAAGAAAGCCGUAGAGUGGGAGAAUGCUAUGCUUGCUGCUUAAGAACGUAACGGGUCGCUUUGCAAAGCAUCGUAGCUUCGGUUUGUUAAUUUCUGCAGCAGUUUUCGUUUCUAUGAUUUUGGUCUAAUGGACGAUUUGGGUUAAUAAAACACAACACUAUAUGUGAAUUUUGUUUGCUAUGGUAUGGUUCAGCCAAAAUAUAGGGAAAACAAUCUACACAUAAUAUAAUACACCAAAGGAAAAAACGAGAGCCCCAUUUCAAAUUUCCUGCAACGAGAGUGAAAGUAGGAAGGACAUUUUGGUCUUCACAAUUUUUUUUAUUCAUUAAAAAGACACGUACUGGAAUUCGAAUAAUGUCCAUUUCAAAGA